GGAAGGAGUAACCACCUCCACGGUCCCUCGUGAGGCCCUCAGUGCCUCACACACCAGCACGCAGGAUGCACCGCUCCCGCCUACUGGCGGCUGUCGCUGUCGCACUCACCGCCUACGUGGUGACCGCGCAAAGGCACCCCAUCAAAGAGGCUCUGUUUCUUCACAACGACACCCUGGGCAACGCCAGCUUCGACGACUGCAUCUGGCGUCGAGAGCGCGAGCCCUGCCCGGAGCCCGAGCUGAGGAUACAUCUCUACACCGAGGCUGAGCCCUAUAAGAAUGUUGUGGACCUGUACAGCGAGGACUGGCUGCGCACCAGCAGCUGGGAGCCGGCGCACGAGUCUAUCCUGCUGAUCCACGGGUACGCCGGCGGCGACGACACGCUGCCCAUUGUCGUGCUUAGAGAUGCGUACCUCCGCCGCGGCGGCUACAACGUGUUCAUGCUGGACUGGGGCGCCCUAGCCCAGCCUCCCUGCUACGUAGCGGCAGUCCACAACCUGCGGCCCGUGGCGCGCUGCGCGGCCGAGGCACUGGGGUCUCUGCGCCGCGCCGGCUUGAGACCAGACCGGCUGACCUGCGUCGGACACUCGCUGGGGGCUCAUAUGUGUGGGAUUAUAGCGAACUAUUUGACGUUCCGGUUGAAUAGGAUUAUUGGCUUGGACCCGGCCCGGCCUCUCAUCCGCUCAGCCCCAGCCCUCCGGUUGGACCCGGGCGACGCGCGCGCCGUGCACGUGCUACACACCAACGCAGGGCGGUACGGCGAGGCGUCCCGACUGGGACACGCCGACUUCUGUCUCAACGGGGGACGGAGCCAGCCGUUCUGUGAGGAUACGCUGAACGAAGCACUCUGCAGCCACAUCUGGUCCAUCUGCUACCAGGCGGAGAGCCUGUUCUCCCCUCGCAGCGCGGCGCCGUGCGGCCGGCGCUGCUCCGUGCGCGUGCCGCCCGCGCGCGCCGCCGCGCUGCCCGUGCCGCUGGGGCAGGCCACGCCCAUGACGGCAUCCGGCGCAUACUGCGUGGAAGAGUUCACGGCGCCCUUCUGUCCCUCAACCGGCUCUCUCCACGGGGACCCUCGCUGCUGUCUCGACAACAUGUACGCGGCGGCGGCGAAUAGCACCACGGUUAACAGGAACCGCCCGAGACCCCUCGUGAGGCUCCGGUCCAGGAGAGUGAAGCAGUAUGAUGUGCCGCAUGUUGAGGAUUAGGACCGUUCCUUCAUUGGAAGGAGACGAGUAACAAGCAGUGGAGACAUGAUGGGUGAUGAUGUUAGGGGUAGGGUGCUGCAUUUUGGUCUGGGGUUUCUUGUUUGGAGGUUUGUUGGUAGGUGUUUAGGUUGGUAUUGUUAGCUUCGAAAGUUAAGAGCAAAAUGUUAUUUCGUCCAUUCAACAUUGAGAGUUUAGCAAGGGACAAAACGGUACAUUGGACUAGAAAGUACG